AUGCCAUUGAUCAUGGAACAGGGUCUCAAUGUUGACGAUCUCUUUGGAGAGCCCGGCUCCCUCGAGCUGGGCUUGCCUGCGGGUCCACUCCCGACCAAAGGCUUACCACAAUGCCAGGAUGAAAUGCGCCUCUUAGGGUGUCGCCAGAAGAUUGCCUGGUCCCGACUGGGAUGCAUCGCAUAUAUCUCGGCAGAUGCAUUACGAGUCAAGGUCCGCCAUUUGAAAUGCAGUCCCUCAAAUGGCAAAUGGACCAUCAGUGAUGAAACUCCCCUCACUGCUAUAACAGAGGCCCAUGGCGGUAGUCCGCUCGUACACCUGUCCUGGAACGAGACCGGCUCCGAUCUGGUCGUCGUGGACUGCCUGGGCCGAAUCUCCAUCUAUCAAACCCCAGUAGCCUUGAAUAGUGUCACGGGAAUACGGCAAGCUCAUUUUGACAACGGGGAUGAUAGCAACCAAAUAGUCGGCAUGAUGUGGCUCAACACUCAACGAAUGAUCCAAUCUUUUCAUCAAGCUACCAAGGUCAAUGGUCGAUGGACUUACUCACCAUUUCGUCGCCGCCCAAUUGGCCCCUUUAACCCGACUGUCAAUAAAAGCGCUUUAAUCUGUGUGACACGAUCAGGCCAGAUUCGUCUCCACUAUCAGAAUCCAGACGGGAAAUGGGCUGAGUUGCCCGCAGAGCUGAAAACCACUGGAUACUCGGAUAGGCUGUUGACCCAUGCCUCUAUCGUUGCAACCCAAGCUGGUAUCUUGAUUGCAACUUACUCGGCAUGCCAAAAAAUUUGCCUUUAUAGAGUACAGAUCUCAUGGAACCCACCACAGUGGGAAAACGCUCCAGGGAAGCAAGGCCAAUUUCCCAUUCCAUCCUUCGCCUUCUUGCACUGCAAGAUUGAUAUGCCGAGCAGUAUCCUGGAUAUCAAUCAGGGAUCUGAAGAGCAUGCGGAUCAUCCAUUACCGUUCCACAACUCCGUGUAUUCAUUGACGUGGCUGGAGAUAAUGCCUGGUCAAAUUGAUAGCCCAACGGGAUCAACGGCUAGUCCUUGGAUUCUGGCUGUCUUUUCCAAGCCACUUCAUUCCACGCCCGAAUAUCCAGAUCACCAGGGGCCUCCCAGUGUUAUUGUCCGAUGGCAGUUGGAAAGUGCCCCUCAAAUGUUCCAUCCAAAAUUCGACGAGGUCGCGCCGAAAAAGAUGAAUAUUCAAGCAAAGUCCAAGAUGGAGCUGCGUCGGCUAGACGACAUUCACUGCGAGAAAUUCAUUCUAUCCGUGGAUGUGGUAGAGCAUGGAACUGCUCUGGCUGUCACGCUUGAUGACAGUUCAGUUAGAUUCUACGAUACACGCACAAUGGCUGUUUUCAAUGGAUUGGACGAUGCCAGCACAGUGACCUGUCUGGCUCAAGCAGGAUUCCAGUUCCCCAUGGACACGCCGGGCAUUUCUAUUGCCUUUUCUCCUAAUACUUGCGCUGCCAUGGUGCUGGACUCAGAAGGGCAAACACAUAUAAAGUCAAUGGAACAUCCCUUUGGAGCUAGCGAUGGCCUUUUCGAUGAUAGCAAAUUUUCAGCUGCAAUUGCGGCCCUCACGCUAGCCUUCAGUCGUGGAUCUGGCGCCGAGAUGAACACAGAUGAUAUUCUUAUGGUUGCCCUGAAGCAGCUCACGCCUGACGCUCAAUCAGCAUUCAUCGGCGAAGUGUAUCGUGGCUUGCCAGUGAAUUGUAAUUUCACCGUUGAAACCGAAAAGCUCAUGACACAUCCAUACAUUCCUCGAUGUUUAAGCUUGCAGACUGCUUUGGGAUUCAAAGGAAGACUCAAGCGCCGGGCCCUGCCAUUUGCCGUUCCAUGGGCAAUUCUCCAGCUCCGCCAUGCCGCCGUGCUAAUUGUAUACUAUUUCCAACACGGUAAAUCAGGGCAAGGCGAUCCUAAUGAUCCAGAAAUCCUACGGGUACUUAUGGGCAAUAUAAAAUGGGUCCUAGACUUCACACAUUUCGUCUUGAGCGAGGUAUUCGAUCUCGCCGACGACUUCGAAAGCCUCUUCACCGACCUAGACGCCUUCACUCAAAAACUGAAAACCGCAAACUCCGCCCCCCUCAUCGUCCUCCUCUCCAGCAUGUCCCGCGCCUUCCUCCGCUUCAUCUGCCGCGGCCUCCGAGGCCUCCACACCUCCUUCGCCCAAACCAACCCAGCAACACUCCCCAACGCCUCAAGAGCCUACCACAUGGAAAUCUGCCAAAUGCUCGAAUCCUCCCCCGUCCGCAUCGACAUCUACGAAAAGUUCCUAGCAGGCGUCGACUCCGCCGUCAAACACGCCUACCAAGGCUCCGGCUUCGGCGACGCAGAACGACCAGGUCCCGAACGGGAGGUCCUGGUCAACGCGCGCAUCCCGCCCGUCCUCGUCACAGCCGUCGCAACCCUGCUGAAACAAACAGUCCCCUCGAUGAAAUCAGAAAUCAACCGCAAAGAUAUCCUCCUGGGCGACUAUAGUUGGCUUGGUUUCGGGGCCGAUGCCCGCACAGCCAUGUACCGACGGCAUCGGGAUGUUGAUAUCCUGAAGAAGAUUCCGAUGCGGCCGCCGCUUGCUGUGGGGCGGAAUGGGCGAGUUGUUCAGGCGCAGAAGAGGAAGAGAUGUGUACGAUGUGGUGAGGUUACGGGUGAUGCGGGGUCUCCGAAGUCUAUACUGUAUUAUAGAAUGGUUUCUAAGUUGCUUUUGUUGCGGUCUUGUCCGUGUGGGGGAAUGUGGAUGCUGGAGUCGGAUGAGCCUGGGGGUGAGAGGGGUGGGGACCACUUAUCGCAUGGCUAG